GCAGGUGCUUCGUAAAGAGUUGUGGUGGGAGGGGUAGGGAAGGGUGAUGGUGGUGCCGAGUGUGAGUUUGGGGUAUGGGGAGGAGGAGGGGCCGGCGGUAAAGGGGGCGAAGGGGUUCACGGCGGCGGUGGUUGCGAAGGAGACGGGGAUGGAGACGGGGGUUGAGUGGAUGCCGCCGCCGGAGAUGGUCAAGUGUAUGCCUACUUUUAACGACCAGAGUUGGCGGCCGUGGAACGAGACGUUGGUGUGAUGGAUGGUACUUGGUUAG